AUGCAGAGUGAAGCCCAGGAAGAGGCCGAAAAAUGUUUAAGGAUCGCUGAGAAAGCUUGGUUGUCAAAUGACAUUAGUAAAGCUUUACGAUUUGCUGAGAAGUCAUUACGACUGCAUAACACACCAGAAGCGCAGUCUAUUAUCGUGAAACUGAAGGCUGGGGUCCCGCCAGUGAAGCAGCAGGGAUCAGCCGGGUCUUCGACCCCAGUAGCAGCCGGUAGGAUGCGUCGGACGAUGAGUGCCGCUGAUGCACAGGCCAAAACAUACACGCAUGCGCAGCAGGACGUUUGUAACAAAGUCAUUGCCGCAAAAGAUCUCUAUCAGGUGCUGGGUGUGUCCAGAGACGCUAACGAAGACCAGAUCAAGAAAGCAUAUCGUAAACUCGCCAUGCAACUGCAUCCCGACAAAAACGGAGCCCCCAAGGCCGAGGAAGCAUUCAAAAAAAUCUCCAAAUCAUUCCAAGUCCUCAGCAAUGAACAAACCCGAGCGCACUAUGACAGGACUGGAAACGAUGACGUUACAUCCCAACCACCUGCGGCCGCUCACAGACAUCAUAAUGCCGAGUUCAUGACUCCGGAAGAUCUAUUCCAAGCGUUCUUCUUUGGCCAGACACCUAGAGCACAACAUCAGUACUACUACCGGCGGAUGCCCAGACAACCAGAACAACCAGAAAAUCAGCGACGGUUACAAGGAUUAUUACAACUGCUACCUAUUCUUUGUAUUCUGUUGUUUUCCUGGCUUAACAACAUGCCCUUUGGUCGGAGCUCGGUUGAUGUGAGUGUUACCAAGACCGCUGCUACACCAAGUCAGUUUUAUACAUCGGAAUAUAAAGUGCCUUAUUUUGCGAGACCCGAUUUUGAGACAACCUACCCGCCCCGGACUGCGAAGCGCCGAGAGAUGGAGGCCGAAGUGGAGUACCACAACUUCCAGUCCAAAUGCCGUACCGCCACAAGUGAGGAGCGGACUCGGUUCCAGUAUUACAGAGACUUACACAACUACCGGCGGGCGGAACAAGCUCGGAAAGAUCUGCUAAACGCGGAACGCCAGAACGAGCUCUGUCAAAUCGCUGACACAAUCGGACACAAAUUCCCGGCUGCCGCCAAAAGAGUUGAAAGAGGCUACUCUGACCUCACCAAAUAUGGAUAA